AACAAUAGACACGAACUCCGAAGUGCAUUCGACAAUUUCCCCGAUUCAACCCAGUUCUUCAUCACCGCGCACCUGAGAAUCUCCGAAAAAAGUGGCUGGACUGUCGAAUGACUGCCGAACCCCUGCCCCAGCAGUCACCUCAAUCCCCACUUCGCAGAGCACCCAAAUCUACCAAAGACAUUAUUAAGGAUGGACACAGGAACAGGAAUGACGAUCGAGGCUCGAGAAACACCCAUGACGAUGUGCAACGUGCGAUAGACGGCCUGAAGGACAUUCCUGACGACGAGCUCCAGGAGUUUCUGGACGACGAGGAUUUCAACAUCGUGGACACCUGGGAGGGCGACGAGGAGCGCCCGGAGGACAUCGGAGGUCAACGGAACAUCAGGGACAGGGACAGGAGACACUCUAGGGACAGAAGUAAGCGUGAUCGUCGACGAGGAUCGCCGGCAAGAGACCGCGCGGAGCGCGCCAGAAGAGAGGAGAGAAGACGUGAGGACGCGAGACGAGACCCAACCAAGAGUUCCAAGGACAUUGAACGCGACAAAAUGCGAACAAAACGCGAUACGGACAGUAAAAUGCUGGCCGAGAAGGAGAAAGCGAUCAAGCACCUCCUGGACUCGGACACUAUUGUGCCACCAGGUACCGAGGUGGAGGCCAUUGAGACCGAGCGUCUCCUGGACCGAGGGAUCAAGAGGAGCCGCGAGCGUCGUAGAACACUGGAGAGACACAGGAACAGCCCUGUGAAGCGAAGAAGUCGCUCGAGGAUCAGGUUGAGCCCCUCUCAUCGAGACAGAAGUCCCCUGGUUCCCUCUCCGGACACGAGGAGGAGGAGUUUGGAUCGACGGAGGAGCUCGGAGCGUCGAAAGAGACCCAGCUGGGAGCGCAGGAGCCCCAUCGACCGCAGGGACAGACGAGGCAGCCCCAGGAGGCGAGUGGAGGGACGUGACCUAAGGCCAGUCUUCCGACGAAGUAGAUCCCGCGAGCGUCGCAGGACUCGUACCCCAGAUCGUAAAAGAAGAUUGAGUCGUUCACCAGUGCGUCGAGGCUCUCCACGUCGUCGGAGCUUCAGUAAAUCGCCAGAUCGUCGUAGGAAGCGUUCGCCCUUCAUCAACGAGAUAGCGAGACAGUUCAGGGACGAGGCACUCAUGUCCACUGCUUCAGUUGAUCAGUUCAUCGGGCGUCCAGGACUGCUUCCCACACCUAUGCAUCCAGUACCACCGGCUAGUCAGCACUAUCUUCCGAUGAUGGAUCCUGUUGUGCCCAUGGGAAUGCCUGCACCAACUCCUGCUCCAUUCAUACCGUUCGACCCCUCAAUUCCCCAGCCCAUGAGCUUCGAGCCUGUACCCAUGCAUCAAGCGCCUAUUGAAUACAAUGCAGCACCUGUGAUGUACAAUCAAGGAGCUCCAAUCCCUCAAGAACGAUUUGGACUGCUUCCUGUGCCGUCGCCUCAGCCAGUCCCUGCACCGGCGAAUGUCGAGCCAGCCAGGUACAGCAAGACGUCGAAAUCUCUCAGGAGGUCACCGUCACCGCGGAGGGAAUUCUCUGAUGGACACUAUGAGCGCAAGAGGGAGAGAAGCCCUCGAGGCGCGUCGUCUCACAACGGGGGACUUGGCAGACCUGACAGGCUGAAGACACCUGAACCACCUGUUAUCUCCAAUUCCAAACCUUUUGAAAAAACCAGCUUGUCCAGCCUGCUGGAGGCGUCGGUCUCAGCCAAAGACUCGGGAUGUCCAGUUUUAUACCCAGGAUUCAAGCCCGAAAUUCUCCGAAACUGCGAAAUGGCCCUGAGGAGCCUGCCCGAAGAGGACCCCCGCCUGAAGAUGUCGGGCAGAUUCUUCUACGAUCCAACAGUGGAGGAGCCCAAAGUCAUCAAGAAAGAGAUGACCUCGAACUCUCUGCUGGUCCAACGAACAAAAAACAAGAUAAUCUGGGACGACGAGGAAGAGGAGAGGGAGAAACUUCCACCGAAGGCCGAUAUGUUCCAGAAGUACACGCAGACGGAGAGCCUGUUGGAGGAGAAGAGCACACAGACGAGCAACGAAUCGAUGGACUUUUGCGCUCAAGUGUGCCCGGGUGACUUCGAGCCUACGCCGCCCCCAGUGCGAGAGGAGAAGCGACCGAUAAUGGACCGUUUGGACUGGAGUGUUCGUGACAACUACGAUUUCCCAGCUAAGAGGGACGCAGGGGAUCUCCGCUGGAGUCUGAGCAACGCGAGAUCGUGGAACUUGGGAUCACCCUCUCGAGUGGAUCGCGAGACGAGGACUCGGAGUCCGGAGAGGGGGCACGAGCCCCGAGACUCGAGGGCCUUUGAUCUGUCACCGAUACGAUCGAGAGAGGAGUUCUCCCACCAGUCGGGCAGGGGCUUUGGCUCCAGGGAGAGAGACAGGAGAGGCUCGCCGACGUUCAGAAGGAGCAUGGAGCGACAGGACGAUUACGACAACAGGAGCGAUCGCAGUCGUGGGGGGAGCCCCUCUGGUGUGGAUGAGAGCGAUGAUAUCGAGAUUAUUGAGGAGUCAUUCUCCAGGGACAACUGGCGAGGGAGGGGAAAGUCCUUUGGGUCGUUGAAGGCCAGGAGCUCGAGGGCAAAGUUCUCCACUGGGGGGAGGCCGUACAGGGGACGUGGCAGUGGAUUCCGGGGGAAAUUCUAGAGGAUGGGAGGUUCAGCUGGAUGGUAAUCACGGGGAGGAGUUGUUCGUGAAUUAAUGCAUUGGAUCGAGUGCAUUGGUUUUAUAAGUUUGUCAGACAAUCUGAAUUUUUUUGGAAUUCUGAUGCCGUCAGUGGAGUUUUUCUUUCAUCAAUUGAACAAUCAACAUCUUUUUGGGGAAUUAUGGUGCCAUCAGUGAAGUAUAAUUUCCACCAGGACGAUUACGAAAAUAGAAGAAGAGUCUCUCUGUUCUGAAUGAAAGCGAUGAUAUUGAGAUUAAGUCCAGUGGACGUGGCAGUGGAUUCCGGGGGAAAUUCUGGAGGAUGGGAGGUUCAGCUGGAUGUUAAUCGUGGGGAGGAGCAGUCGUUCGUCAAUUACUGCAUUGGAUCGAGUGCAUUGGUAGUAUAAGUUUGUCAAGCAAUCAGAAUUUUUUGGAAUUUUAAUGCCAUCAGUGGAGUUUAAGUUCUUUCAUCAAUUAAACAAUCAACAUCUUUUUGGGGAAUUAUGGUGCCAUCAGUGAAGUAUAAUUUCCACCAGGACGAUUACGAAAAUAGAAGAAGAGUCUCUCUGUUCUGAAUGAAAGCGAUGAUAUUGAGAUUAAGUCCAGUGGACGUGGCAGUGGAUUCCGGGGGAAAUUCUGGAGGAUGGGAGGUUCAGCUGGAUGUUAAUCGUGGGGAGGAGCAGUCGUUCGUCAAUUACUGCAUUGGAUCGAGUGCAUUGGUAGUAUAAGUUUGUCAAGCAAUCAGAAUUUUUUGGAAUUUUAAUGCCAUCAGUGGAGUUUAAGUUCUUUCAUCAAUUAAACAAUCAACAUCUUUUUGGGGAAUUAUGGUGCCAUCAGUGAAGUAUAAUUUCCACCAGGACGAUUACGAAAAUAGAAGAAGAGUCUCUCUGUUCUGAAUGAAAGCGAUGAUAUUGAGAUUAAGUCCAGUGGACGUGGCAGUGGAUUCCGGGGGAAAUUCUGGAGGAUGGGAGGUUCAGCUGGAUGUUAAUCGUGGGGAGGAGCAGUCGUUCGUCAAUUACUGCAUUGGAUCGAGUGCAUUGGUAGUAUAAGUUUGUCAAGCAAUCAGAAUUUUUUGGAAUUUUAAUGCCAUCAGUGGAGUUUAAGUUCUUUCAUCAAUUAAACAAUCAACAUUUUUUUGGGGAAUUAUGGUGCCAUCAGUGAAGUAUAAUUUACACCAGGAUGAUUACGACAACAGGAGUGAUUGCAGUCGUGCGGAGAGCCCCUCUGAUCUGGAUGAAAGCGAUGAUAUUGAGAUUAAGUCCAGGGGACGUGGCAGUGAAUUCCGGGGGAAAUUCUAGAGGAUGUAGAGGUUCAUCCGGGUGUUGAUCGUGGGGAGGAGCAGUCGUUCGUCAAUUACUGCAUUGGAUCGAGUGCAUUGAGUGUUAUAAAUUUGUCAAGCAAUCAGAAUUUUUUUUGGAAAGCUAAUGCCAUCAGUGAAGUUUAAGUUCU